GAUUCAUAUAAACAUUCAUAUUCACACACACACACACACACACACACACACACACACACACAAUGGACUUAGAUAACGACGUAUCCACAAUCUUGGCUAUAUUAAGGCUGGAAACCGAGUCUCCAGAACUCAUCAAUGUCCUUUAUCAAUUGGAAGAUUUCUAUGAACGUAAAUUAUGGCAUCAAUUGACUCAAGUAUUGGAUGAAUUUUACUACCAAUUUGACAAAUCUUUGGUUACUCCUACAUUGAAGUUCAAGAUCUACUCCUUGUUCAUCACUCAAUUUCAAUCAAAAUUGAAUCCUAUAAAAGUUGUCGAUUUCUUAUUAGAAAGUUUCAGUAAACCAGAAGAAACUAGUGACAAGUUACUUGAAUUAAAGCAAGAAUUCUUGACUCAAAUCAAGAAAGAAAACAACUUUAAAGAUGACGAUGAAGAAUUCAAGAAAGUUGUCGAUGAAGAUGAAUCAAUCAUUUAUGUCGAUUUACAAAUUGCUCGUUAUUACUUGAUUUUAAGCAGAUUAAACGAUAGCGAGGAUAUCCUUUCUAGGUUGUCACCAAAAUUCGAAUCUACAACUAACGACUUAAACAGUAAGAUCAAUGCUGCUUAUUAUUUAACCAAGUGUGAAUACUGUCAAAUUACUGAAAAUUAUAAUGAUUAUUACAAGAAUGGCUUGUUAUACCUUUCCUCAGUACCAAACUUGACUGAAGAAGAUAAAGUUAAGAUAUGCUACCAAUUAUGUAUUGCUGCCUUAUUAGGUGAUAGAAUUUACAAUUUUGGUGAAUUAAUUUUACAUGACAUCUUAUCUACUAUUGAAAGUGAAUCAUCACAAUAUAACUGGUUAUACCACUUGAUCCAGGAUUUGAAUUCGGGUAAUUUACAAGAAUUUAACAAAUGGUUAAGUGUUGGAUUCCAAAGAUCACCAAUGUUGGUCAAGUUUGAAUUAUUCUUGAAACAGAAAAUUAUCAUUAUGGCAUUAUUAGAGUUGAUUUCUCAAACUCCAACCACUAAUAAACAGUUGACAUUCCAAGAAAUCUCCGAUUUUACAAGCACUCCAUUGAAUGAUGUCGAGCAUUUAAUUAUAAAAUGUUUCUCAUUAAAUUUAAUUCAAGGUUAUAUUAACCAAAUUGACCAAGUAUUGAAUAUAACCUGGUUACAACCAAGAAUCUUGAACUUGACUCAAGUUAAAACUUUAUAUAACCAUUUGGUUGAUUGGGACAACAAGGUGGAUAACUUGGCCAAGACAGUGUAUCAAAAUGGUGGCACUGUUUGGGCUGGAUUGUAAUAUCUUAUAUAGAGAAUAUACACGCAAAUUUU